AGAUGAGUAGCUGUUUUCUGGAUGAGGAGACUUUCUGUCAGUGCAGUCAGCUGUUCCUCCAACACUCCCACUCCCUCUGUGAUGGCUGGAGCUGGGAACAAGUGAAGGUAUGGGGUGGAGGAGGGAGAGGGGCUGGUUUGGGUUACACAGAAUUAGGGUUAAGGAAAGGUUAGAGGCCUUUUUUGAGGCUGCUUGACUACCCCAGCCACCUGAAGAAGCUCAGUGCUGAAUGAUUGGCUGUCUGAUUAGAAUCGGAUGUGUGUGAAUCUGUAGAGCAGGGGUAUGCAACUAGAUUAAGUCAUGGGGUGAUUUUUGUCGGAGUGGAUGUUCAGGGGGCCGGAACAUAAUCAUUUACACUGUAAAUUCACCAGAACUAACCCCAAAAGAGAUUGUAUUUGAACAUAAAAAUAAUUUCAUACCUUAGUUACAUUGAGACACAAGCACAUCUCUUUUUUAAAAUUAUUUGUGGGAAUACUUGGGAACAGAUUUGAGCUGAAUUCCUGGUGAGUCGUUUUUGACCAAAAACUAAAAUCCCAAAAUCUUUGGGUGGGCAAAAAGGAUGGGCCACCACUAAGCCGGCUUCCUCUCUAGGUUUCGUCCUUCUGGCCACUGUGCUUUCACUUCUGCUUUAUUUGCUCUUUGGGGUCAAGGCCGGGUAAAUGUAAAGCACUUUGACUGCUAAUAUGAAAAGGUCUUUAUAAAAUGCGAUUGAUUGAUAAUGUUUCCAUUCCAGGGUUCUGAAGAGGGCUACCUGAGGAAGACUGCACUGGGGACCGGCAGAACCAGAUGUAACCGGGACCAGCAAGGCACCAGUUCAGACCAGCACCAGGAGAGGACCUCCUCCCUCUCUCUCCAUAAUGAUGAUGAUGAUGAUGAUGAUGAAGGAGCAGUGUGUUGUAAACAGGAGGAGGACAGUAGUAGUAGUGUGGUUCAGUAUGAAUACCACAUCCUCUACUCCUGCAGCUACCAGACUCCUGUCCUCUACUUCAGAGCCUCAACCCUGGGUAUGUAGCCAGACAGUACUGGCUGAAUGGUUAUUUGAAGUAAUAUAUUGCAAAUACAGGACUCGCAUCGUCUUCAGCAAUCCACUUCAUUAUACACUUACUGGUCUCUCUCUUCCUCUCACUUGUUCUUUCUUUCUCUGUCUCUCUCUCUGUCAGAGGGUAGGAGUCUGUGUCUAGAGGAGGUAUGGGACAGUGUUCAUCCUAACUACAGACAGAGACUACAACACAGACCCUGGGACACCAUCACACAACAGGUUGGUACCACUCCUCUCUCUCUUCCCUCUGUCACUCUCUUUAUCUUUUCCCUUUAAGAUUGUAUCCCUCUCUUAAUCUAUUUUUCCUCCAUAAAUCUCCCACUUCCACUCUCCUACUCAACACCACACUCAAUCUUCUGUCCAUAUUUCUCUCUCUCUCUAGGAACACCCGUUGCUAGGCCAGUCGUUCUUUGUGCUCCACCCCUGCAGGACAGAGGAGUUUAUGAGGCCUGUUCUAAAAGCUGCCCUGGAAGAACACAGGUGAGUUUGAGACUCAACACGUGUAUUCUAUCUGAAAGUAUUACACCUGUGUGUGUGUUUGUGUUCUCCUGUGUAACCUUUGCCCUCUGACCGCUGUGCAGACAGGUGAACUACAUAGUGACCUGGCUCAGUGUGGUGGGUCCUGUUGUGGGACUGGAUGUUCCUCUCAGCUACUGUACACAGGUACCUGAACCCUCCAGCUCUCCACAGCCCCCAGCCCUAGGGACAAAGCCAGGCUGAAUGGAUCUCACAGACAAGCAUCACAUCUAGCGUGGACAACACGUAUUGCCAAAGCGAAUUUGACAUCAGCUUGAGAUGUGUUGAUGAGGUCUGUCCAGUGGGCAUGAGAUGGAGGAGAGGGCAGCUGUUUUUCACAGCAAGUCUGUAGAGAGAACUGGAACAUGAAGCACUGCUGGCACCUAGUGGUGAAAAAUACAUUACUGCAACUUUACAGGCCUGUCAGAACUGCUAGGUUGAAUCAGCCCAGGUGAUGGAUCUAAGAAGUGGGAGUGGGGUGACAAAUAGAUGUGGGACAGGGCCCACUAUGAGUGCUGAUAUCUGUGAAAAGGAAACACACUUCUCCUUUUGUCAGAACAGACCUGGUCUUAGGAGACUAGACAACCAUGGAGCAACCAGAGAUAUCUAUUAAUUUCUAUGGGAGCAACUCUAUCCUUGUCAAAGUUGUUUUGGAAUAAGACCAUGAAAGUCUAUUUUAUCCCUGGAUGGGGGACUGAAGAUGAAGUCAGACGUAACUGUUAUGUUUCCCAUGACCUCAAACUUUUAACUUGAAAUACUCCUCUCAUUAUCACCUAACAUGUCCAACAAUCAUGUUGUAACUUUUUGAUUUCUUGGGCAUAAAGUUGAUGACAAACACACUGUUUUCGGCCUGCAUUGUGAAGAUGUUUAAACAGAAACUCCAUAUGUUUUUCAGUUUCAGGUUUCGUAAGAUUCCUGUUUAUAUCUCUAACAGACUGUUCAUAUCUGAAGGGGCCUCUUCUGUGUGAAUGUCAUUGUGAUCCAUGAUAGUUUGUACUUUGGCCAGACUCUUGUCUGUUGGCAGAAGAAUACUUAAUUUAUUGGUCAACUGGGAGAAAAGUUUGUGUCUAUUCUUGCAGU